AUGUCGAGCCCGAGUCUCCCGUCGCACAUUGGCGCACCACUCGCCCCAGUAAGCAACGACGACUAUGACCAUGACCACCACCACCACCGCCGCCACAACCUGGUAGCAUUACCAGAAACAGCAGAAACAGCACCAGUACCACCUACCCUCGCCCCCAGCCCCGAUCGAAUACUUCUGCCGCACCCUCUGCCACAUGCACGGUCAAACAUAGACGUUGCUGCCGACCAAGCUUGCGCCCACGACCCCCCCGACCCUCAACCACCUCAGGUCCAGCCGCAUCUACAGCACCUCCCGAUUCAGAGCCCUACAUCGACGCCUGCUUCUACCCUCACGCCUCCUUCUGUUCAUGCUGGGGCUACUUCUACCAAACCUACCAGUCCUUAUACCCUUUCUGCCACCCAAUCUCUGCCAGGUUCACACCCCUUACCCCUGUCUGCUGCGACACCGCUUCGCAACAUCGCCCCAGCCCAACCAGGCACACCUGCCGACGCUGCUGAUAUAAAGUGCCGGCCUGCCCGCCUCAUUCCCGUGUCCGAACCCGCUGCCAACUCCGGCUCUACUUCAAAUUCACUCCAACGUUCGUCUGCCGCCCCCUCGUUGCUCUCACAAGCUCUCGCAACUGCCCGUGGCAUACCCUCCAAGCCUGCGGCACCGCACAACGAUAGUGCAGACAAACAACGACACACGACGACACAGCAGCCCGGGCAGCAAACUUGCACCGACAGCAGAAACAGUUCCAGAACUGCCAACACUGUGCCGGAGCAGACCUCUCAGCAGUCAGACGGCGACAAGCCCGCGCAGCAUGGCCACUCCGCGAGCUCCAUAACACCACCCGACAACAAAGAGAAAACAUCUGCGAUGGCGUCUCCUGCUGCACCCUCCAUGGCCAUGCCACUCACCGGCCGCGAUACCCUGCCUGGCACCGCUUCUUUUACAGACCAGACAAUCGCACACAUUCGCGACUCGCUCAUGGAACACAGAGAAUUUCUCGACCGAACCCGCGGCCGCGCAUCCUCCUCCCUCGACAUUGACCGCAAGACUUUUGAGCUGCCUUCUGACCAUCCCUUUUCCUACUCUACGAGCCCCGAUGACGUGACUGCCGCCACCUCGGCCUACUACUUUGACCGUACCACUACAUCACCCUCGAAACUGCGAGACGCCGUCACCGCCUCCGACCUACGACAGCAGGGCCGCCACUACGCUCUCGACCACCGCCAUGUGAAUGCGCCGGACAAAACGGAAAAGAUCUGGUCCAUUGUUGCGAGCGAGGGUAGCGAGGAGAAUGGCCUCGUUGAAAAAUCCGUUGCUGAGGCCAUGGCUGGCGUUGAACCCAAUGCCCGUAGUCGCAAAGCCAGUUACAGCUUGCGCUUCUUCAAAGAGGCCCUGCCAGAUGAAGAGAAGCCCCGUCGUAAAGACACAAAAGCCGCUCGCGAGAAGCUGACCUCGACCACGGAAGAAACUGAACAGCCCGUCUUCGACUCGUCCAGCGUCUCUGAUGUGGCCACGGCCGAUGACGAGCCGCUCCCGCAGCAAACACAACUACAGAAAAUGGACACCCGGCCGCGAAACGAAACUACGCACGACUUUGAACCGAUUAAUCAUCCCACUACUGAGCAGGACGACGUCGCUGGCGAUGAGACACCUCUUGUGCGAGCCUCCGACGACACACAGACCAAGGCCAGUUUUGUGCCGCCACUUGAUGUGGGGCCGGUGCCGGAGCCCGCUGGCGCACUUGAUCAGCUGCCUUCGCCGAAUACCCCCAAAGGCCGAGAUUCGUGUGACAGUGGCGACGGCGAUGCAGACGAGUCAAGCGAGGAGAAAAUAUCCUCUGCAGUCUUUGUUCCGCACCAUGAGCUGAGCGACGAUCCUAGGGACGAAGUUGAGAGCUCCAGUUCCGAGCAUUCCCAGCGCCCCCGUGCACUGUCACAUAAUCAGUCCCACCCUUGGCUUGUUAAGGCAGACGAGCCAGAGCCCAAAAGAAGACAAGACGAUGCCAAGCCUUACGAAGUGUCGCACCGUCGGUCACGAGAUAAUUUGGCGACGCGACGGAUUGAGCAAGAAGCUGCCCAGCCCGAAGCUCAGCCCGUCGAAGUCGACAUUGAAACCAAGACGGCCAAAUCCACUGGUAAAUCUGCUCGCAUCCUAAAACCGUAUGAGGAUCAAAAUCACGAACAUACGCAUUCUCAUAGCCGCGAGCCGCUCGAGGCCAUCGAGCUCAUUCCCUACAAGCACCAGGUGGGCGGCCAUACCACGAUAUGGAGGUUCUCUCGUCGCGCCGUGUGCAAGCAGCUGAAUAAUCGAGAAAAUGAAUUUUACGAAACUAUUGAGAGGUAUCAUAGAGAUUUGCUACCCUUCCUUCCUCGAUACAUCGGCGUUUUGAACGUGACUUUUCAGAAGCAGCCAAGGCGCAAGAGCAUGUCGAAAAAAGAAGAGCAAGCAGCAGCGGAGCGCAAAAAACUUCAAGACGCCGCGGCUGCGGAUGAGCUGGCCAAUAACCACGGUGUUGAAACGGUAGCUACCUCAAACGGUACUGGUAGUGGAAACUCAGGCAGGGUAAUUAGCCAGUCAAUUACCAGUUCGGCCUUGCAAAUACCUACCGUCACGUUUGACGACAACAGACAUAUUCUUCCACGAAGUCUACUGCAACCAACGCCGCCCCCAGAUUACUUCCGCAGAAACAGCACCUCCGCAACUAAAACAUCGCCUCAAGCAUCAUGGACCACGAGCCAACGCCCGUUUCUUGAUAACAGACCCAAUAGCUGGGGGGCAACGACAAUCAACAAGCGACUGCGCAACGAAGUUUUCAACGAUGCCUUCCUCAAGGAGCCUAUUGAAAUCCAGAAGCACCGUCGUCCUCAUCAGCGUUCUAUUCCUCGGCCGACUUUGCAGAGAUUGAUUCGCCCCAGCAACUCGGAUUCAAACCUUGGCCAAUCCCAGCUGGAGAAACGCUCACCAACAGCGAUUGCCGUCGCUCCACCAUCGGCACCGAUGCCAACAGAGACGAAAAGCGAUCUUGGAGAGCCGGUUUCGCGGCUCCUUGCUACUGAUCCCGAGCCAGAGCAGGAAGUUCAGGACGUUACGGGCACUAGUGCACCCGAGCCAGAAAUUCUCAAGAACAAUCCUCUCGCUGCCAAGAAGAAGCGACGAUACUCUGCCGGUGGUCUUCGCAGACGGCCGCAGGAUGUACGUGAGUCGAGGGGCGACCUCAAAUAUUUUGAGGAGGCAGACGACGCCGAUUAUCAUCGCGACAGCAGCAAGACGAAUAAGGAAAACGACAAAUCUUCGUCCGAACCCAACGGUCAUUACGAAAACGGUGAUGAACAAGGCAUGUUUGAAUCCGACAUUGUUGAAUCCACGCCUAAGCCCAUGAAAUUCGAGCUUUCCUCUACAGUAUGCUCCACAGCUGUCUCAGAACUUCCCAGCCCAACCGUUGAAUUCAAAAAGAUUCCGCGACCGGUAAACCCCAAGGAAGCUAAAUCGCAUCGCGACCGCAUCGAAUACUUUUUGUUACUGGAGGAUCUCACUGCAGGCAUGAAACGUCCUUGUAUGAUGGACUUGAAGAUGGGUACACGUCAAUAUGGCGUAGAGGCUACACCCAAGAAGCAGAGAUCGCAGCAAGAGAAGUGCAGGACAACCACUUCGCAAGAGCUGGGCGUGCGCAUCUGCGGCCUGCAAGUCUGGAACAACAAGACGCAGAGCUACGACUUUCAGGACAAGUACUUUGGCCGCAGGGUGAAGGCCGGUUCCGAGUUUCAACACGCCUUGCAAAAGUUUCUCUACAACGGCGUUGAUCUGCAGAGCAUCCUGCGUCACAUUCCUGUCAUUCUGCGCAAGCUGGCUCAGUUGGAAAACAUUGUCAAAGGACUGCGCGGCUACAGAUUCUACGCGGCCAGUCUGCUCAUGUUUUACGACGGCGAUAUGUCUGAGGACGGCGCGGGCGACGAGACUGUCUACGAGUCUGCGACGGACGCCGCGACGGACACGGAAGAGGCGCCGCGCCGCCGCAAGCGAAAUCUCAGGGAGGUUGACUUCAAGGUGGCCGAUUUCGCCAACAGCGUGACGCCGUUUGACAAAAUUGACGACAAGCCGUGUCCGCCGCAGCACCCGGGCGAGGCGGACGGCGGGUUUCUCAAGGGCCUGCACAGCCUCAAGGUGUAUUUCCUGCAGAUACAGCGUGACGUGCGCGCCGAGCUCGGUCUAGAUCCGCUGGGUCGCGGCGCCCUGGGGCUGCAGGACCUGGAAGCGCUGCACCGAGAGGAGGACAAUGGCAUGGUUAGCGUCUAG